UGUGAUCGAUGGUGCUUAAAUAUUGGGGUAGGGCAGAGAAGUUGCCUGACUCUAAUAGCUAUAUAGUUAGCCAGUCUUUGCAUUUGCAGGUUGGAACUUUUGGAAGAUUAUAAUAUGGAAGAAGAUUUGAGUAGUACUAGACACAAAGAGAAGGGAAAAGAAGCAAAUAUUGAAGAUAAUGAGAUCCUCAAAAAGAAAAUCUCUACUCAUCCUUUAUAUGGUUUGUUGGUUGAAAAUCAUUUGGACUGCUUGAAGGUUAGUGGAAUCAUCAGUGAACUAGAGGAAAACGAUGGCUGCAGAGAUAUGAAGCAGCUUGACUACAACUGCAAUGCCAAUUUAGGCGUGUUUGGACAAUCUGACCUCGAUCACUUCAUGGAAGCGUAUUGCUUGGCACUAGGGAAGCUGAAAGCAGCAAUGGAGGAACCUCAGCAGAAGUGCAUGGCUUUCAUAAGUAACAUGCAGCUGCAACUGGAGGAGAUCACAAACAACUCCCAUUUACCUGAUCAACCUGCACCUGCCUCACUUUCUGGUGAAAGCUAGAGGUGACUGUAGCACAAGGGCCAUGGGACCAAGAUGAAUUCUGCAGAGUUUAAAGAAUGCUUUCAUAACGAUUACUAUGAAUAUUGCAGAAUGGUAUUUGCCACUGAUCAUGCUGUGAGUUGUGGCAUUUUCAUGAACCUGUAAACAUGUGUUAUCUGGUCCAUAGUCAAACAUUAGUUAUGCCUCUGCUGUAAAUUGUGUUAUCUGGUCCUUGCAAUCUGCUUGGUUCUCUGUUAACUUAAUUAUUAAGGGGUCUUUUUAAUUUA